GCUUCCGGCGCGCCUCACCCGCCGCCGCGGCCGCCAUGUCGGUGUUCCACGAUGAGGUGGAGAUUGAGGACUUCGAGUACGAUGAGGAGACCGAGACCUACAGCUACCCGUGCCCCUGCGGGGACCGCUUCCUCAUCACGCGGGAGGACCUGGAGAACGGCGAGGACGUGGCCACCUGCCCCAGCUGCUCCCUGAUCCUGCGCGUCAUUUACGAUCAGGAGCAGUUCAUGCGUGAUGAAGUCAUUGCAGAACCUCUGCCAAACAAGGAAUUGAUAAAGUGCUGAUGGACAUCAUGAACUGUUACUGCUUUAGCAUAAGAAAGUAUCGGGACGGCAACUGCAGAAAGAGACAUGGUUUUCCUCCUGGAAGUGCUCGCUGCUGUAAAAUACAAGUGCAAUAACUGUCUGUCUUCAUAAUUUGAAUAAGAAUGUUUUGGGACAUAAAGCACGUGAAUGGCUUCUGUUCAAAGGGGUUUUACAUUUUAAAAAUAUAUGAGCUGCCAUAUGUAUUCCAGAAUACUUGAGGAUUAUGAUUGAAUUAUGACAGCAAGUCAAUGCAUAGAAGUGUGUGGGGUUGUGAAAUUAUGACAUUUGUCUAGCAUGGCUUCUUAGCCUGUGGAUAAAAGAAGGCUUUGGGCAUGUAGCAGUAUGAAAUGGCACAGAGAGCUGAAAAAUAUUGGGAAACAAAAUUUAAAAGUCCAGAGGAUGUGAUGCCACUUUGACAUAGUGUGGCAUCACCCAGGGUGCGGGCUGAUACUUAAACUCAGAGUGGACAGAAAUUUACCCAUGUUUUCUCAACAACUUUGUGAUUUGACUUGCAGCAGAUAUAAACUGGACUGCAGUUCUUUGUGCCAUUUGUAGUAGUGCGUUUACUGAAUUCCUCAGCCUUCCUUUGUGAGGUUCUGUGACUUCCUGGCUAGGAGAUGCAUGCAUUUCUCAUAACUGAUAAAAAUAAUUUUUUAAGGUAAAAAGGAGUUGGAAGUAUAUACUCAAAAGUACAUUAACACCAAGACUACUUCAAGCCACUGCACUUAAGUAUUUAUUUAAAAUUGUGGUCAUUCAUGUGUUUUAGUAGGAUUUGACAUCUGUGAAGUUAAAUUUGGGGAAAAAUACUUGUGCAGCAUUUAUACAGUUAUUUUUGCUUCAGGCAAUAACAUUAAGCAAAUCUUACUAAUUUCUUGUGUUUAACUAUUUGGUUCUUCCAACAUUCUGUGAAUGUUGAAGAUGAACAGUCAAUUUUUUUAUUUAUUUUUUAAAGGUGGGGAAGAAAACAAAAACAAAACUGCACCCUUCAGGUAGAGGUGCACAACCCAAAGUGUUUUCAUGCUUAAACCAGGAGGUGGCACUCGCGUUGCUUUGAUCUGCUUCAAAAAACCCCAAACAACUGUGGUACUUUGGUUAGCUAUCUUUUAUCAAAUAUUUAUUUUGUCUAUUUAAAUAAAGAUAUUUAAGACUACA